CACGAGCUUCUGUACCGCAGAAUUAAUUUAUUGCAAAAUGUCAGCCCAUUCCAUGUCAGACCAGUUCAACGUAAACAACUACGUGUACAAAAAAAUAAACGAGGAGUGGUUGGAAUGCCGUGUAACAAGCGUACAGAAUGACCUGUAUGGUUUGUACGUUCUAAAAACGCUUUCUAAUUUGAACGUGCCUGCAGAUGACACACAAAUAUUUCCAUCCACGAUAGAGACUAUAAGGAAGUUUAAGAUCAGCAUGGUGAGAUAUAACAACGGCUUUUUGUACAUGCCGACCGUUCUGAAGGCUAAAAUGGUUGAGGAUUACGAGCGUGCGAUGAUUGGAAAUAGGGGAGGUAGAGGCCUGGCUGUGGAGGAGAAUGUCGAUGAGGACGAGGUGGACUUGCUGAUUGGCGAGAAACAAACGGGUGGGAGAGAUGGUGACUGGAUAGAAGAAGGAGAAAGUGGCAGAAAUGAUGACAGGCUAGAAAAAGGACAAAGUCUGAAAAAUGGUACGGAUGGUAUGAAAGACGACGAAAAUGCACGAAGCGACAUCCAGGGCCUAGAAAACGAGGUGGACAAGAAAAACAUACAGAACGAUACCGAAAUGAAUGCAUUGGUAGCAGAUGAAGUGAUUGUUGGCAACAGAAAUGAAAAUACGAGUAUAUAUUCGUACACCAAGCCAAACAAAUCUAUCAACAGCAACAUAACUGAGAUACUUGAAGAGUUCCGAUCAUUUAUGAUGGUAAAUAAACCGACAAUAUACUCCGAAGAGUUGGAGGAGUUUAUCAAACAUGUUAUGCUCUGUUUUAAGAUACUUUGCUACUACACGCUGUUUACAGCCGAGGAAAAGAAGAGAUACGGCAAAUUUGAUCUGGAGAAGCAGUGUAAUGCGUAUCAUUUGUUGCGCCUCCUAGCAUACAUGCAUGAGGUACUGUUGCUCGAUGUUGAGGAUGCUGGUGCCAGAGAGAUCUGUUUUGAGUUCUACGUAUAUCUGGUUGAUUUCCUAUUUGUGAGUGUGGACGAGUAUUUCUGAGCUUAAGUGCUGCUGUAACGUGUCUCGGCACCGAUUUGAGCAUUAGAAUAUUUCUAUGUAAAAUAUUUCCCAGGUAAUAUUUUAAGCGAGCUGUUCGUGAUAUGAUCGUAUGCUUUACUUCAAUGUAGAUCACGG